GAAUAGAAGAUUGUAAAACAAACACGUUCAAGACUGCAUUCACCUUAAAGGAGAUCAGUGCAACUGAGGAACAGCCACGCUCAUGUAACAGGGCUCUUUUCAAAUUGCUUCAGGUAUGGGCACAGGCAUUUUGAGACUUACGCUUUGUGGCUUUGAACCUCACUAUUUGUUUCUCUAAAAUGAUUCGUCAAAUCACAUAAGCAUAACUAUGCAAAGAAGAAAGGAAAUGAAGGUGUAUCAACACCUGACAGAAACUAGGGAGGCUUGGCUCUGGCAGCCAGAGACGUGCACAGACGUGGUGAAGUCUAAGCAUGCAGAUAAACUGUGUAUUUCCCACACCCAAGUCAGACGCAAAACAGCUUCAGAGAGCUACAGAAGCACUGGAUCUCUGAGUAACUCCCUUCAAAAAAUCUUCACAAUGUUCCUCGCCAAAGCUUUGCUGAGCGGAGGAAGUGGUAGUGGUCGUGGAGGGAGCCUUGCACGUGGCCUUGGAGGUCUCCUAACAGGAGGUGGAGGUGGAGGGAAUAUUGGAGGACUCGUUGGAGGUCUUGUCAACUUUAUAAGUGAAGCAGCAGCUCAGUAUAAUCCAGAGCCACCUCCACCUCCUCGCAAUCAUUUUACAAAUGCAGAAGCUCAUGAGAGUGAAGAGAUCAGACAAUUCCGUCGCCUGUUUGCCCARCUGGCUGGAGAUGAUAUGGAAGUGUGUGCCACAGAGCUAAGGGACAUCCUGAACAAAGUCCUUUCCAGACACCAAGACUUGAAGACGGAUGGCUUCAGCUUGGACACCUGCCGUAGCAUGGUCGCUGUGAUGGACAGCGAUGCAAGUGGCAAACUGGGCUUUGAGGAGUUCAAGUAUCUGUGGAACAACGUGAAGAAGUGGCAGUGUGUGUACAAGCAGCAUGAUACUGAUCAGUCAGGCACUGUUGGGAGAGCUCAGCUGCCAAACGCCUUGAAGGCUGCGGGGUUCCACCUGAACGAGCAGCUCUGCCAGGUGAUCGUGCGCAGAUACGCCGCCGAGGACGGCAGCAUGGAUUUCAACAGCUUCAUCAGCUGCCUGGUCCGGCUGGACAGCAUGUUCCGGGCCUUCAAGUCCCUGGACCAAGAUGGAAGUGGGCGCAUCAAAGUGACCAUGGAAGACUGGCUGCAGCUGACCAUGUAUUCGUGAGGGCAUGACAAAGAAGAAGCUUCAUCUGGAAGACAAACAUGGAAGACUGCAAUCCUGCGUUAUGGGACUGUAGUCUUUUCCUUGUUCUAAGGCAGAUGUAGCUGGUGGUAGAUGGCUCAGCUUCAAAUGUAGUGAUUCCUCUUGUGCAUGCACUGGUCUGCUUUUCUGAAGGGUUUGUCUAGGUUGUUGUUGGGGAGGUUGCAUAACUCUGUCACAGAAAACUGACUCUAGGGUUUGGGGGAUGUAUUGGAAAGAUCAAAGGUUAGUUAUUCUUUCAUGUAAAGUGGUUUAUAUAUAACUACUAUAUCAAAAACUCCUAAGUUUCGUGCUGGUUUUGCUGUUCUGAUUGUCAGCAGUCACUAAGCCAGAAUAAAGGGCUGUUUGCCUGAAGGCAAGAGUGUUGUGCAGUUAUUUCUAACAAGGGGAAAAACAUUAGGGUUGCAAUAACUGUAACGAUUAGUGAAUUUUCCUAAUCAUUUAAUUUUCUUUCUACUUCUUCCUUUUCAUGCUUGGCUGCUGAAGCAAAACCUAAGUGGUACUGUGAGUUCUAUCUGCUGACUGGGACAAAAUGGAAGCCCUAUGUGAGGCUACUUUUGCAAUGAUUUUGUCCUUCUUACAGUUCUAUGAACUAGACUUCACUCUCUUUCCUUCAAGCCUAAGUAUAGUUAUAAGCAAGCAACUUAAAAUACUACCUUUAUAUUUAGAGAAACUUGAAAUAAUUAUGCCGUCACAUAGCAGACAGACAGCCAAAAUCAACCUCUGGCUGAGUUAAAUUUCAUCAGAGUGCAGCAUCCCACUCAAGCAAGUUAUGCAGUUCUGGCUAAGAU